AUCUGACAGUGACGGAUGGACAGUCUUGCGUGUUUUUUUGUGAAAAAAUCAAGAAAGUUCUUUGGUUUUACGAAUUACGUUACUGGAAAAAGGUGUCAACAAUCGGAGAGAAAACAACAAUCAGCAGAAAACGAACCAAUUAGUAAUAGGCUAUUGAAAAUUGAUUAAACAUGUCUAUACAGUGGACCUUUAUUGCCGGCUAUCUUUACUUCGAAGUUGCAGUUGUUAUGCUGAUGAUACUACCCAUCUUUAGUCCUCGGCGAUGGCAUCUGUUCUUCAAGUCGCGUUUGUUUGCAAUGUUCAGGGAGCACGCGGGUAUUUACUUCUACGGCCUGCUCGGAAUUCUGUGUCUGUUUUUGGUGGACGCCAUUAGAGAAAUGAGGAAGUACUCUCACACAGAUGCCAGUUAUACACAUUUCGCCAGCGAAAUGAAAGGCAGCGUCAAGCUAUUCAGAGCUCAAAGAAACUUCUACAUCACUGGAUUUGCAAUUUUCUUAUCAUUCGUAAUUCGUCGUUUAGUGAAUAUGCUGAUUAUUCAAGAUGAACUGAGUUUGAAAGCUCAAAGAAUUAUUAAGGAAGCCGAAGCCGCUGUGAAAUUAGCAAAGACCACUGUGCUUGCUAAUACCACGGCUAAUACUAUACGUGCAGCUGGAGAGAAUUAUCAUGAGGAGACCAAAAAGCAGUUAGAAAUCACAAAGAGUUUGUUGGCAGAAGAGAAAUCAAGAGUGAAGGAAUUGGAAGAAGAAGCUACCAAGUGGAGGCUGAAGUAUGAAGAAGUAUCAGAAGGGCUAAGUGGAAAAGGUGAUGAAUGAGCUUGAUCAUCAACCUGGAAAGCCUAUCAUGAUCUAAAAUUUGCCAUGUGAAGGAAGAAGUGUUGAGAAUGAAGAGUUUGUUUUAAAUGCUCAUAAAUGUAUACCCACAUCAGAAAUAUUAUGUACUACUUCUUACUUUAAAUUCUGUGAUUGUUUGAUGAAGGUGCUGUUGGUAGAUACUUAAAUUAGAUUUGGGCAUCAUAUCUAAUUAAAUUAUGACAAUGACUGGCAAAAUUUUCCAAAUAUUAAUCUAGUCUUUUUUUUAAAUUAUCUUGCUGGUGUAAUUUGUUGAUAACAUUUCAAUAACCAGUUUAAAUAUAAAUAAAAGUUUGUUUUAGUAUUAAUACUAGUCUGUAAUGUGGUAUGUGUGUGCAAUAAAAUGCAUGUAAUCUCUCUACCUAGAUUUACUCAUGUAUUUUAAUAUUACAUAAGUUUUAAAUUGAUUGCUACUAAUAACUUAUGGUAUU